AUGCAGCGCUCGCGGUUGCAACGAGCAACCUGCAAAGCUUUCGACACAGAGUCGUGGGAACAAUUACAGCGGGGUGAGUUUUCGACCACAUGGGAUAGGGCUCUCAAUAUUGGGGGAAUGGGAGCGAAUGUACAAGAUAUGUCGAUCUCUGCUAGGAAGUCGUUCCUUAUGGUGUAUUGUGUAGCUCGAUGUGUAGUGCCGUAUGUGGAUAUGGUGGUUCAGUGCUGUAUGGAAUUGGAGGUCCUGAUUCAAACAUCAGGACAUUAUCAACGAGAUACGUCAUGGGGACCACGAGCAGUUGACCCAAAACUAGAAUGGAGUUGUGAGUGCCGUCUUUCUCUCUCUCGCAUAAUCGGUCAAAUGGAUUACAAAAUCCAGCUUUCAACUGCUCAACUUGAGCCCCCCGAAGAACAACGUCGUCGUUUCGAAAUUGAGUGCGAGUUUGUUCAAGCCCUUGCGAACCCUCAUUACGUGAAUUUUCUUGCACAGCGUGGAUUUUUAAAAGAACAACAUUUCAUCAACUACUUAAAGUAUUUACUAUACUGGAAACAGCCAGAAUAUUCAAGAGCUCUAAAAUAUCCUCAAUGCUUACACUUGUUAGAAUGCCUUCAGUGUCCAAACUUCCGCGAAGCGCUCACAUCAGGAGCAAAUGCGAAAUUCAUAGAAGACCAACAAGUGCUUCAGUGGUUGUACUAUUUGCGAAAACGGCAGCGAUUACAUGUGAAUCCUGAGGCAGCAGAAGAUGGAGAGGGGAAGUCUCAUGAUGACUCUGAUGAUGAUCUUGAUGGAGGAAAGACCGGUUCGGAUGUGAUACAUUGA